AUGCCGAACCCGCCGCCGCAACCCUCACUUCCACCCCGCCUCCCCUGCAUCGGACCCCGCCGUCACCUCCUCUCCGAGAGUCCGGACGACGACUUGCGGCCCGUUGACUUGGACAUCCCCUAUCCUGUACCUUUCGCGGGCUCUCACGCCGAGCUGGGUCUGGUCCAGACCUGGAUGACAGCCGAUGGCCGCUACGGUCCUUACGGCUACGGCGAGGAUGAUCCCUCGUACUCCCGUAGCCGCGUCGACUGGGACACCGUCGACUGGGGCGCCCUGCAGAACCAGUGUCUCGAACGAAACGCCCAUCGCUUUCCGACCGACCCCGGUGUCUUCGCCGCCAAGCCUGUGCGCUUCGCCUGGAGGAACCGCACCACCGUGCCCCCCGUCCGGACCUGGGACGAGUUCAGCCCCACCAGGCGCACAGCCCUCGUCGUCCGCGCCUACGACGGCUACCACUACAAGCCCGAGGACCUGCUUCACCUGCGGUCUCUUGUCGUCGAGGCCGGCUUGCGCACGGGCGGCGAGUACGCCGUCGUCUUGUUGGUCCACAUCCGCGGCCGCGAGUCCAACAUCUUCUCGUCGCCCGAGGCCUACGAGCGGGCUUUCGAAAAAGCGAAGAUCCCCAACGAGUUUCAAUCCAUUGCCGUUUUGUGGGACGAGGGGCUUCUCGAGAGCUGGUACCCUCGUAUUGAGGAGCAUGGCGUCAUGUGGCAGGCCUUUCAACCCGUCCAGCUCUUCGCCCUCCACUACCCAGAGUUCGACCACUACUGGCAGCUCGAGAUGGACAUGCGCUUCACCGGCGAUGCUGGCGCCUACUUCGACGCCAUGGACGCCUCUUCUCGCCAAGAACCGCGGAAGCAGGCCAUGGAACGCGCCACUUUUUUCUACGAUCCUGCUAUGUACGCAUCCUACGCCGAGUUUCAAGAAGCCGUCGACGCUGCCAAUGGGGGGUCGUCGCAUCUCUGGGGCCCCAUCAGCCUCCGCGAGGUCCCUCCCCUGGGCCCUAAACCCCCGACCACUUCGCCGGCAGACGCCUUCACAUGGGGUGUAGGCGAACCCGCCGACGUGGUGGUGACGGGCCUCUGCGACGACGCCCGCCGGAGCACAACCUGGGUGUUCCGCGACUGGUUCUACGGCUUCGCCGCGGGCCUCUCGACUCCGCGUUUCUUUUGCGCCCCGGCCAUCCAGCGGGGCAGCCGGACCCUCCUCCUGGCCAUUCACGCACUGCAGCUCCGGCGCGGGCUGCGCAUCGCGUCCGAGGCCACGCUCCCUUCGUUCGCCGCCUGGAUGGGGCUCAAGCUCAGCGCGCCGCCCAUGCCGUGGUACCUCCAGCGGGCCGACAACGAGACGGAGCGGGCGUUGUGGAUGGGCGGCGGCGUCGAGGCCAGCGAGGACGGAUGGGGCCGCAGUGACCCGCAAUGGGGGCUGGGCGACGCGGAGGGGGAGCCCGCGAACGGGAACACUUGGUGGUGGACGGGCGACUGGCCGGAGGACAUGUUCACCACUUGGAUGAGGGGCGGGAUCGAUGAGGACGAUAUCGAUCCGACCCUGAGGAGGGUUCUCACGGUGAAGGACGGGGAGGUGUUUAUACCCAAUAUUGCGUUGCAUCCGGUGAAGAGCCAAUAA